GCAGUUUGAACUAUUAACGCGUUAUGGUUUCAAACAAUUUAAAAUUAUUGUGGUUUUUAAUAAUAACACAGUUCGUUUUAAAUAGGGCAUGGUUAUUGGCUCAUAGUGGCCUAAAUGAAUCGUAUCGGGUUUUGCAUUUGUCAACCCAUUUUACGCGAGUGUUUCUUAGUAUAACAGUGAAAAGUCAGACAUUUCCUACGCUCAUUGAAACGCAAUGGCCCCAAUCAUAUUUGCCCAGCCAGACACCCAUAAUAUAUCCUCAUAGAUUUUUACAUGCAAAUGGAGAUCAUUCAGAUUGUAGUCUGAUACAGCAGGCUCGCUGGUCUCAGGUGGAUUCUUUGUCCCGUUUGUGGGUAAUGGAUGUAGGCUGGCCUGGUUUUAAUAGCUCAGAUGCAAAUAAAUGUAAUCCAAAGUUAAUGGUUUUCGAUUUAUUAAGGAACGGUAUAGAGGUUCUGCAUAUUGACUGUGGCAAAUACAUACGACCCAAUAGCUCUGAAUUACUGGACAUUGAAUUAGGACCCCGCAUAACCUCCUGUGGCACCGAGAAAUUCAUUUAUUUCAUUUUGGCCAAUGAUCCCCAUCUCCUGGCCUAUGAUAUAUUGGAACAAAAAUGGCACUACCGCCAGCUGAGAAGUAAAAAAUAUUGUACCAUCAAUGAAUUUUUACCCAUCAAACCCCAGGAUAUAGCCUUCGGCAUUCAAGGUGAAAUACUCAUAUCCGAUGAUGAUGGUAAUUUGUAUUCGGCUGCCAAUGAAAUGAAUCGUGUCACGAAAAAGUCCAAUCAUACGGAAGACUCUAUUAUUAACAUGAUGUUGAUGGGCUCUUUGCUGGGUCCCACUAGGGGUAUGAUGGUGGAUCCAUAUGGUGCUUUGUACUAUGUGGUCACUAAAUUUGGUGCUGUGGUAAGAUGUGUUUAUAAGCAAAAUAUAACGGCCGAGGAUAGUGAAAUUAUACACAUGACUUCGAAAAAUAUUCAGCAGAUAUUCUUUGGCAGUGAGGGUUCCGUGUGGCUGUUGUCGGAGAAAUGGUUAAGGCCCUACGAUAAAUGUUUUUCGGGGUAUUAA